UUGAGGAAGAUCUUCUCACGUUCAUCAUUUUGUUUCAAUUUCUUGUGUAUAUAAGUGAGAGAUUUUAUUGUUCAUAUAAUACUUUGGUAGAUAAUGAUAUUUCAAAGAUAACUAUGGACUAUGACAUACAUGAGAGAUCGUCUGCUUGAAACAGAAUGCUGUAGAGAAAUGAAACGGUGCGAUCACGAAGAAGUGAUUCUGUGAAGCUAUAUGUGUUCAAACCCAAAGAUGACCUGCUCUAGCCUAUGUAGCUGGCCAAUCUUCAAUUCACUGGAACCGAAAUUCGUCUCCCAGAUUCAUAUGGUUUUUGUAUACGGUACGUUGGGGAAUGAGGCCUUAAUCGUGACGAAGGACAAGAUGGUGUAUGGCCUAGGUAAAAACGUCAACGGUUGUUUGGGAAUCGGGGACAAAGAUGCCACACUAAAACCACAAAAAAUAGAGGCUCUAUGUGGAAAAGAUAUAAAGACGUUCGCGUAUGGCGUUGGACCUCAUGUUUUGGCGCUCACAAAAGAAGGAAAAGUAUAUUCUUGGGGUUCCAACAAUCGUGGUCAACUUGCACAAUGUGUGAAUAAAAGGAGUGCUCUGCAAGUUAUCAGUAUACCUACUCUAGUGCAACUGGCUACUCCAGAAGGCAGCCUGAGCAUGAAACGCAUUAUGAAUAUCGCGUGUGGCAGUAAUCAUUCAGUCGCUAUAACCGAGGAUGGCGAGGUUUAUAUGUGCGGAGAUAACCAUUAUAAUCAACUAGGAGAUAUUGAGAACAGAUAUUUUAACUCACCUAACAAUGAGUAUUUGUUUAGACCUCAAUUAGUAAAUGACAAUUUAGAUAGAAAGAAGAUUGUCCACGUCUCCUGUGGCGGGACAUUCACCAUAGCUAUUACUAAAAGUCGUGAGGUGUAUAGUUGGGGCAAUAAUUCUUUUGGCCAAAUAGGGAUAAGAGAAAAUUACGACAGAAGAAAAACGCCGCAGCGGGUCGAUUUAAAGGAAGGCCUCAUCGUAGUCAAAGUGGUCUGUGGAAUCGAGCACACGUUGGCACUCACAGACGACAAGAAGAUCUAUGCUUGGGGCAGAAACGAUGACGGCCAAUUAGGGAUCGGCAGCAAAACGACUUCCUGUAAACCAAUCAUGAUUAAGCACGAAACGGGGAUAAAAUGGGUUGACAUCGCAGCUUUGAACUGCAGUAACAUAAGCGUCGCCGUCAGUGAAGAAGGACGUGUCUACGUAUGGGGUAACUGCCAUGGUGAAAGUAUCGUGACCCCAACUGUUACUCCGUUCUCAAACAUGCAUGAUGCAAUUGCGCGCUAUGGGCCCAGCGUUAUGCACGAACCACUGAUUCUGUAUGCGAACGGAGAGCCGGGCAUAUUAGAAAGUUUGAAAACUGCUUUCAAUGAUUCCUCAACGAGCGAUCUCAAAAUACAAGUGGAGGGCCAAGAUAUCCACGUGCACAAAGCAGUUUUAAGAAUCCGCUCUUUACAUUUUAAAACCAUGUUUCAGCACAAUUGGAAAGAAAACAACCAAAGUAUUAUCAAACCUGUUCAAUUUUCCUACACUGUCUACAAAGCCUUCCUGAAGUAUUUAUAUACCGAUGUAAUCGAUUUACCUAUAGAGAAGACAUCAGAACUUUUGGAUCUAGCCGAGGAAUACUGCGAGAGUAAUCUUAAGCAGCACUGCAUUCAUAUGAUAAAGCAAGGGAUUACUAUAUCAAACGUCGCACACUUUUAUGCAAUUGCAGUGAAGUGUAACUUACAGGAGCUAGAAAAAUUUUGUGUCAAGUUUGCCAUUAAUCACAUGUCUGCUGUGACGCAGACAGAUGAUGAUUUCGCCGAACUGAUCCAGAAAAUGAUGAAAACAUUUAUAAUGACGGCAGGCAAGGUUGGUGAUUUCAAGAAAUAAUCCCGUCUAUAUUUGCCUCUAAGGUGAAUGCAGAUCAGUGAGGAAUGGAAAUUACUGAUCCGACUGUUGCUACAGUUAUAUUUUGUGAUAUAUUUUAUAAUUUUAUAUCAAAAUAUUUCGACAUUUUGUUUAUUGCAUUUCGCUAUUAGUAUCCUUUAAAUGAUAAAUAGAUAUGAUUGCGUCCAGUUACGAAUUGUUUCGCGCGAGAGAUUCAUCGAUUUUGGAGAAUAUAAUCUUGUCAUCUUUCAAAACCUGAGAUUAUCUCAGAAAUCGCAUAAAAAACUAAAAUAUAAACACACCAAGAAAAAUCUCAUGUUUACGAAGGUGUUAUCUGUGUGAUGAAUUAAUUAAUAUGUUAAUUCUGUCGAACUGUUGCAAAAUUUUCAAUAAUUUCGUUUUCUUUUUAUCAUAACUGUGAUAUGGCGUAUUGAUACAUAUUUACCGUGAUUCACAAUCACGUCUGCUUUC